AGGGGACUGAGGGAGGGCAGGGGCGGUGCGAAGCGGGGGUGGGCCCCAGCGCGUAAUGGCAGCGCCGUGGCCUCGCGUCCAUCUUUACCGCUCUCUCGGACCUGUCACAAAGGAGUCGCGCGCCGCGGCCGCCCCCUCCCUCGGGUGGGCCCUGGAGCUGGAGAAGUCAUUGCCGUAGCCCGGCCGCGCUGCUCUUGGGAAACCACUGGGGACACGGAACCGGGGGGAGUCGGAGACCUGGGAACGUCGGUGAGGGAGGGGAACAGACGCCCGGGUCUGCGGCGGGGAGACCCGACUGGUGCCGGAGGAGACUCCAGGAAGGGGCCCGGGAGGGAGCGGCGUUGGGCAGAGCCCAGGAAGCAGCCCGGAGGUUCUCCGCUGAGGCCCGUUACUGAAGGCGCUUGAAGAGGUACCUGGAAGAGGGUGUUCCCCCCUUUAGGGGGUGCGUGAUCGGCGGAGGUUUUUGGGGGUCGCCCUUCCGAGGAGGCCGCGGCUAAAGGGGCCCAGAACUGCCACUGGAUGACCCAGAUUCCCUGUAUAACUGAUAAUGCUGAAGAUCAGUUCUGCAACUUUCUUCCACAUUGAGUUGUUAAAAACAAAUAGAAUGCAAGUUCCUCGACUCCAGAUUAUGAAAACAGUACUUGGAAAACUGAAAACUAUCUAAAUGAUUGUCUUUGGUUGGGCCGUGUUCUUAGUGAGCAGAAGCCUUGGCCAGGGUCUGCUGUUGACUCUUGAGGAGCACAUAGCCCACUUCCUGGGGACUAGAGGUGCCACUGCUACCAUGGGUAAUUCCUGUAUCUGCCGAGAUGACAGCGGAGCAGAAGACAGUGUAGACACCCAGCAGCAGCAGGCCGAGAACAGUGCAGUACCCACUGCUGACACGAGGAGCCAACCCCGGGAUCCUGUUCGGCCACCAAGGAGGGGCCGAGGACCCCAUGAGCCAAGGAGAAAGAAACAAAAUGUAGACGGGCUAGUGCUGGACACACUAGCAGUCAUACGGACUCUUGUAGAUAAUGAUCAGGAACCUCCCUAUUCAAUGAUCACAUUGCACGAAAUGGCAGAAACAGAUGAAGGAUGGUUGGAUGUUGUCCAGUCUUUAAUCAGAGUUAUUCCAUUGGAAGAUCCACUGGGACCAGCUGUUAUAACAUUGUUACUAGAUGAAUGUCCAUUGCCCACUAAAGAUGCACUCCAGAAAUUGACUGAAAUUCUCAAUUUAAAUGGAGAAGUAGCUUGCCAGGACUCAGGUCAUCCUGCCAAACACAGGAACACAUCUGCAGUCCUAGGCUGCUUGGCUGAGAAACUAGCAGGUCCUGCAAGUAUAGGCUUACUUAGCCCGGGAAUACUGGAAUAUUUGCUACAGUGUCUGAAGUUACAGUCCCACCCCACAGUCAUGCUUUUUGCACUUAUCGCACUGGAAAAGUUUGCACAGACAAGUGAAAAUAAAUUGACUAUCUCUGAAUCCAGUAUUAGUGACCGACUCGUCACCUUGGAGUCCUGGGCUGAUGAUCCUGAUUAUCUGAAGCGUCAAGUCGGUUUCUGUGCCCAGUGGAGCUUAGACAAUCUCUUUUUAAAAGACAGUAGGCAGCUGACCUAUGAGAAAGUGGACUUGAAUAGCAUUAGGGCCAUGCUGAACAGCAACGAUGUCAGCGAGUACCUGAAGAUCUCGCCUCACGGCUUGGAGGCUCGCUGCGAUGCCUCCUCUUUUGAAAGCGUGCGUUGCACCUUUUGCGUGGAUGCGGGGGUGUGGUACUACGAAGUCACCGUGAUCACUUCUGGUGUCAUGCAGAUCGGCUGGGCCACACGAGACAGCAAAUUUCUCAAUCAUGAAGGCUACGGCAUUGGGGACGACGAAUACUCCUGUGCUUACGAUGGCUGCCGGCAGCUGAUUUGGUAUAAUGCCAGAAGUAAGCCUCACCUACACCCGUGCUGGAAAGAAGGAGACACAGUGGGAUUUCUGUUAGACUUGAAUGAAAAGCAAAUGAUCUUCUUUUUAAAUGGCAACCAGCUGCCUCCUGAGAAGCAAGUUUUUUCAUCUACUGUGUCUGGAUUUUUUGCUGCAGCUAGUUUCAUGUCAUAUCAACAAUGUGAGUUCAAUUUUGGAGCAAAACCAUUCAAAUAUCCACCAUCUAUGAAAUUUAGCACUUUUAAUGACUACGCCUUCCUCACAGCUGAAGAGAAAAUCAUUUUGCCAAGGCACAGGCGUCUUGCUUUGUUGAAGCAAGUCAGUAUCCGGGAAAACUGCUGCUCCCUGUGUUGUGAUGAAGUAGCAGACACACAACUGAAGCCAUGUGGACACAGUGACCUGUGUAUGGAUUGUGCCUUGCAACUGGAGACCUGCCCGUUGUGUCGUAAGGAAAUAGUGUCUAGAGUCAGACAGAUUUCUCAUAUUUCAUGACACACGUGAAGAGGCAUCAUGGACUUAUUUCUACUCAAUUCCAGCCAAUGUUGAAGAGAAAAACAAAAAAAAACUCUAAUCAGUUGUGCGCACAUUGAAACUUAUAGCCAUGGCCAGAUUUUAUGCUAAAAAUGGUAGUUUGUCAAAGACAAAAUUCUCUUAGAAUCUAACCCAACUUGCCAACCCUGAGAAAUUCCUGUUAAAGCCAAGGAAAGCUGAGUGCUAACAGCUAGGCCUGUGGUCCUUCCAUCAAAAACCAUAGGAGACCGUGCCCUCCCAAGUGCUGAAACCACACUGGAAUUCUCCAUGUUGGGUGCAUUUGAUUGUUUAACAGAAUGUUUUGUCUCAUUCUAAAGUUUUUAUUUGGGGCAGAAGUCAUUAUGGAGAAGUAAAUGACAGCAUUUCUGGGUUAAGCAUAACUCCCGGUUGGUCAGAGAGACAGUGGUAUGUUAAUGGUGGAUAUUGCACUGCAAGACUUGAAUCUAUAAACUAGAACCACACAGGUCAAUUCUACAAGCAACAUGGAGGGCCUGAAAGAAGGUGCACAGACUGUGGAAAAAAACCCCAAUUUUUGAUAUUUCUGUGAUUCCAAAGAACAUUGUAGUUUUUUUUUUAACUGCAGAAAACUGGUGGUAUUUUCACAUUCAUGGUGUUUCUAUCCAGUUUCAGUACCCGCAUUUUCUGAGGAAAAAAAUGUUUUAACAAUACAGGAGGAAUUCUUAAAUUAAUUGCAAUGUUAGACUGGAGCAAAUUUGGUAUUUAGGGUAUUUGUAAGGUACCAUCAAAUCAGGUUUUUUGUUUUUUGUUAAAAAUUUUUUUUAAUCAGUAUUGUUUUUGGAAGUAAUAUACUUUGAAACUCUUGAACUAACAGUCUCAAAAACUCUUAGAGGACAGUCUGAGAGCGUGUAUUUCUAUUGUUUUAAAUAAAUACAUGUUUUUGAAUAGUAAAUUCAAUCAUGGAUUGCUGACUAUGUCUUCAUCAAAAGUGUUAAUCCCUCUCAGGGUCUCUGGUGAAGACCUUCAAGAGUUUGGUUUUUUCUCCCAGAAAAUUGGAAGGUAGAAUUGUAAAUUCAUAGAACUUAUUUUAUAAUGGUGUACCUCAGCAGCUGCCUUUCAAUUUAUGCCAAGUCCUUACUGAGUUUAUACUUGAAUAGUAAAUAUGUCUUCUGAGUUUUACAGUGUCUUAAACUCAAUGCACAUUUUUAUUUUCUUCCUUUCCCACCCUUUCUUGUUUGUAAUUCAUUAAACUGUCCUAUUAUAGA